AUGACCAACCUCUUCUUCUCGCGGUCUCUGGCUCUACUAGUCGUGGUUUUCAUCAACCUCGUAAUAAUACCCUCUUGCAAUGCCUUUCCUACCUGCGGCACCACAGCUCCGGCGCAGGAUGCCCUCAACUUUACCACCUCGGCCCUGAGCCUCGACCACCACCCCUUUGGCAUUGCGUACUACACCAACGACAUUGCUUUUGUAAUAAUACGGCGCUCCAUUGGAGUGCUAGACAUGUCCAACUUUACCCCGGUGCUAAAGUACACAGUCGAGCCGUCGCGCGCCGUGCUGGCGCACCUCGGCCUGAGCGAGGAUCAGCCCGAUUCGGACGACUACAUCUUUCACGGCCUCGUGCUGUCUCCGGACCGGCGCGCCCUCUACGCGGCGGGCGGCUACGGUGCCUUGGUGGUGGAUCCCGAGAGGGCCAUGAACGGGCAAAACAACUCGGUCAUUGGCGUCCUCGCCAACAACGGCAUUGCGGGGAAUUACUCGGCCAUGGUGGCCAUCACGCCGGACAGCCGCACCGUCUUUCUGACGCAGGAGUUUGGCAGCAUCAUCAAUGGCCACCGCGGCAACGUCGAGGUGUGGAAGGUGACGCAGGGCCCCAAUGGCUUGGUCACGGGCGUGUAUGGGGGAUUCGUGAACCUGGGGUACGCCACGGUGGGCAUGGCGUUUUCGCGCGACAAUAGCAAGCUCUACGUCACGAGCGAAAUGACGGGUCUCGCCGAUAGCCUCGGUGGGCUCUUGGAGGGCAGUAUAUCGGUCCUGGACAUUGAGACGCUACAAGUCAACCCUGCCAAUGCCGUCCUGUACACCAUCUCGGCGGGGUGCCAUCCCGUGCGCAUCAUACCAGGCACAGGGGGCAAUCACAUCUGGGUCAGCACCCGCGAGUCCAACUCGCUCAUGGUCCACGAUGCAGAUAAGCUCGAAUGCGAGGACACGGCCAACGACGCCUUGGUCAGCAGUAUCCAGGUGGGCACAUCGCCCGUGUCCCUGGCAGCAGUCGGCAAUUUUGUGCUCACGGCCGACUCGAAUCGAUGGGGCUAUGAUAACACAACCACAGGCCUGAGUGUGGUUAGUACAAACUCGGUAGCACAGGGAAAGCUCGUCAACUAUCCUCAGAUUCCGACGGGCCUCUUCCCCCGCGAGUUUGGACUGAGCCCUGAUGGCAAAACACUGUUAGUCUCGGAGUUUGACGGAUACGCAGUUCGCGCAGUCGACGUCAGUCCUCUGACAGGACAUGGCAGUAGCAGUCACACUCAGAGAACGAUGAGAACCCGAGGAUUAAAGUAA